AUGACAUACCUGGAACAACUGCCGCACCAACCGAGGUCCAUCGCCGAGAUACUUCUGGAUCAGCUCACUACCAACAAUGCGCAGGAAGGGGUCGGCAUCAUCAGUCAAGACACCAACAAUGCUAACGCUCUUGUGGUGAAGGAGUACACUGGCGCCAGGCUCAAGAAGGUCCUUGUCGACAAAGCUCAUGAUGCUAACAUAGUAUUCUGGGCCUGUAGUGCUCGAAACGAUAGCAUGGUCGUCGUCAAUCAUCUCCUCAAGGGUACCAACGCCCAUUGGGCUGCCUCGCAUGUCGUCGACACGACCACGCUCGUCGGCCAUGCGAUCACCGGCGUCCAGGUCAGAUGCAGGAGCAUUGCUGUCUUUGGCGGCCUUGACUCGCCGCAAGCGUUCCUGAUUUUCGACAAACUCCUCUUCUAG